AUGUUCAAGUUCGUUGCAUUGGUUUUACUUUUGGCCAUCUCAAGCACUCAAGCUUUCUGGUCAGGUUGCCCUGGAAUCUUAGGACCAACCACAAUCACAUCACCAGCUUGCUCUGGAGCAUCAUGCACAGUCGUCCAAGGAACAACCGCCGUCUUUUCAUCAACAAUCACCUUCACUCGUGCUCACUCUCAUUUGAUGACCAGAUUAACAGUCUUCAUUGCUGGAGUCGGUAUUGUUAUUCCACAAACACCACCUCAUGAUAAUGCAUGCAAUGCCUUGUUCCGUGAUGGAGUUCAAGUUGGAUGCCCAACAGUACCAAAUGUACCAACAAGAUACGACCUCACAUUGACAAUCACAACAGGAACACCAGUCACAUCCGGUGCUGAUGUCAGAUUUGAACUCUUGGAAAAUGGAGUCGUUGAAGUUUGCGCUAACAUUGUUGCCAAUAUUGUUGCUGCAUAA